AUGAAAUUAUCGUUGUUGCUGCUUGCUAGCUUUGCUAUUGCUGUCCCUUCGAGACAGAAUCCAUUCUCCUUGCAACAUGAUAUUUUACAAGAACAUCCGGAAUUCUUUGAUCAAUUCCAUGAACUUGACAUUGGAAAUGCUGAAUUGCAACAAUUAGAAGACUCUUGGAAGCAUUUACUUCGUGGUUUAACUUACGAUGAAUUGAAGCACCAUGUUGUUGAAGCUCAAAGAUUCAUCAGUGGCAGGAAAAAAGAGGACAGAGUAGAGUACAAUCACCAAUCUUCUGUGGAAAAUGAUUCCCAUUUCAACUUUAUGGAUGAAAACGAUGCUGACUUUGAUAUCUUAACCAUGGAGGGAGAAGAAAAUUAUCAAUUAAGAAUCAAAGAAACCAACCCUGAAAGUUUAAACAUUGAUACUGUGAAACAAUAUGUUGGUUACAUGGAUGUAAGAGAUGUGGAUAAACACUUUUUCUAUUGGUUUUUUGAAUCUAGAAAUGAUCCUAAAAAUGACCCUAUCAUUUUAUGGUUGAAUGGUGGACCAGGAUGUUCUUCUAAUGGUGGAUUAUUCUUUGAAUUGGGUAGUAGUUCAAUCAAUGCUACUUUGCAACCAGUGUACAAUCCAUAUUCAUGGAAUUCUAACGCUUCAGUCAUCUUCUUGGAUCAACCUGUUGGUGUUGGCUAUAGUUAUGGAGGUAAAGAAAAGGUGGACACAUCCACAAAAGCAGCAAAAGACGUCUAUAUCUUCUUAGAGCUUUUUUUCAAAAAAUUUCCACAAUAUUUGAAUAACAAGUUUCAUUUAACUGGAGAAUCUUAUGCUGGCCACUAUGUUCCCAGAAUUGGUGCAGAGAUUUUGGAUCACCCGGAAAGAUCGUUUGAGUUAGCAUCAAUGAUGGUGGGUAAUGGUGCUGUUUAUAAAUUCUAUCAAUCACAUUAUGACCAAAAGAUGCUUUGUUCUGAAGGAGGUUUAGAUCCUAUUCUCACUGAUGAGCAAUGUGAACAAAUGGAUACCUAUUUGAACAAAUGUUUGGCAUUUAAGCAAAUCUGUGACACAUUCCUCAACACAAUAGCCUGUAUCCCAUCAAAUUACUAUUGUAAUUUAACUUAUGCACCUUUAAAAGAAUUGAAUUUGAAUAAUUAUGAUUUAAGAAGAAAAUGUGAAGACAAUGAUCUUUGUUACGAAGAUAUGACUUAUGUUGGGGAUUAUUUGAAUUUGAAAUCAACUAAAGAAGCCAUUGGUAUUCCAUCUGACUUAGAAUUCCAAUUCUGUUCAGAAGACGUAUCUGAUGAAUUCACUUACACCCACGAUAGACAAGUACCUUAUCAAAAGUAUAUAGCUAAAGUUUUAGAUUAUGGAGUACCUGUUUUGCAUUAUGCUGGUGAUAAAGAUUUCCAAUGCCAUUGGUUAGGAUAUAAUGCUGUUUCUAACACCGUUCAACAUAAAUACCAAGAAGAAUUCACUAAUCUGGAAUUCAAACCCUGGAUCAACAAUGGUAAAGAAAGAGGUCAAGUAAGAGGUUAUGACAAAUUCACAUUCUUAAGAGUAUAUGAUGCAGGACAUAUGGUCCCUCAUGAUCAACCUGAAAUUGCUUUGGAUAUGCUCAACCAAUGGCUUUCUGGCGAUUACACAUUUGGUUACGAAGUUUAA